ACGAAGAGAACCACAACAAGGCAGCUGUUGGCGUCUCACAAUUAAAUAAAGCAGCACAAUGAAGUGGAUCAUCGCCGUGGCCGUAGCCGCCGCCGUCCUACACGUGGCCUCCUGCACUGUCACCGUCAGGGUGGGGCAGUACGAGUAUCCUCUGCAGAGUGUGAAGAUGCUAUGGCGUCUGGUUGCGACGGCCCGCGGGUAUCGAAGUGAGGCCCAGGGCGGCAUGCCCGCCGUGUGCUCCCAACCCGCCCUGCCGCACGUCUUCACACCCCUGUGUCGGGACCCCAACGCCGGGAAGCUCUUCGCCGAACUAGUGAGUCUGGCCACCAGGUCGAACUCUUGUGAGAUCUGCGCAUCGCCAGCCUGCUACGGCUGUUGAAAAGACAACGCUGCCUCAUCCCGCGUCCCAAUCGGAUUCAACUGACCUCAAAACGAUUAAUGCUGAAGAAAUACGGAAAAAUACCCAGCUAAUUAUUAUUUUAAUUAUUUGAGUCCAAAAUAAUUCAGAUUUCCAAAACGCAUCACAAUGACAGCAGAACAGCAAUGUAUAGAAUGAAGAGAAAGAAUUAGCUCACGCUCACCAGUAGAGGAGAUGAGCUGUGCCCAUAGGGUUCCGAAGUCUUUAACAAAGUCUUCCACAAACACACAAUAUGCAUAAGGGCUUUCGCAUACAAACUCAACUUGCAUGAAUCUAAUGUUCAACAUGGAGCUGAUGGGUUUGCGUUGCCAAAAACAAUGAUGUUCCAACACGAACACACACACAGACAAACUCUCCUUUUCCUCUCUCUUCCUGUCUACCUACUUUCCCUCCAUUUCCAGAUUACCUUGUUGUAGCUCCGCCUAUAACACGAUACAAAGUCAUGUGACCCUUUACAGGUUAGCUGUGUGCAAAACAUGUCUGAUAAGCCUUCUUUACCUUGCAGAUUUUUUUGGAAUAAACAUGAUUAUGAUGGCCCACCAUUUUGCAGUGUCAUAACUCCACCUCCCACUAGCUGACAACUCAAGUCUUCCCCAGCUGGUCAACAGAGGGUUUAUCCAAACUAUACAAUUUACUAUUAUCAUAUAUGUGACAACCCCCCUGAACCCCCUUUUAGUCCUAGCUGCCACUGCAAGCGAAGGGCUAGGCCUCAGUAUCUUCAUAACCAAAUUAACCACACCAGAGUACAGGGGUGGGCUUAUAUAAGCAGGUUUUCACUCUCAUUCACAUGGGCGCUUUGCUUUAUCUCAUUCUUUCCCCGUAUAUCCUUGUAGGUAAAGCAAUUAUCCCUGGUCAUAUGU